UCACGCUCUUUCGCACUCAAUCCUCCGUACUCCACACGCUUUCGCUCUCAGUCCGUGUGUCAGUGGCUCCAGUAGCGGCUGAGUCUGUGCUGGAAGUGGUUUCAGCGCUCGGUGGCGGCAGCGGUAUUGUUGCUUUCUGUUGAGAAUGGCGAGCAGGAGGUCGCAGGAGACGUGGGGGCGGCGCCUGGUGGUGGUGGCGGCAGCGGUGGUGGUGGCGGCACACUCAGCCUUGGCCAGCGACCAAUACGACUGUGGCUACAAAACGGUGUGGCUGGAAAAAACGGAGUACAGGCCGGUGCCCUACUACAACGGAGGCAAGGCUGUGGAGAACACGUACGAGCCCGUCUACCUCACCACAACGGUGCUCAACAAACAGUCCGUGCCAUACUUCAUCACGCAGACCCAGAACGUGCCGCAGUUCGUGACGAAGAAGGCCACGCUGCCGCAGUACAUCACCCACACCGUCAUCAACACACGCCCCAAGUAUAUCACCGUCACUGAGAAGUCCUACGUCACCGUGUACGCCACCAGGACACGCAAGGCCUACGAGACCAUCUGCCCGAAAGGCUAUGGCCACGGCGGGGACCACGGAGGCCACGGGGGACAUGGGGACACGGGGCGGGUACCACCGCUAAGGCGCCCAGCAAGAUGAUGUAGUGAUGUCCAAGGCUAUGAAAAGUUGCGUAAGGGGAGGAGGGGAAGGGAGAAUGAUUAUAUGCAAACACUAAAUGAAGAGGUGAAGGAGUAGGUAAAUAAGGGGAGGGAUUCGGAACUGGAAAAAAUAGGCUACAGUUUUUGCGUCGUUCAAACUUUAACCUCCACUUUCAUAUUGUUGUUUUCUUUAUCUUUUUGUUGACUGUAGAUAAAGAAAUCUUUGAACCAAAGCAA